AUGACGGCUGCCGCAAAACUUUUGGAUGAGAUGUGUCAUCUGACGGCUCAGUCUCUGAACUCAAUGGACACAUCAGAGCACUUCAAGGUCCUGAAGCUGCUGGGUGAAGGCUCGUAUGGAAAAGUUAUGCUGGCUGUACACAGAAAGAGAGGUACUCCGAUGGCUCUGAAGUUCUUCCCUCGUGACUCUACUUCUCUGUUCUCUUUCCUGAGGGAGUAUAACCUCUCCCUGUCAUUCUGUACACACCCAUCCCUGACCAGAGCUCUGGGAAUAGCCUAUUCCACACCAUCACACUACAUCUUUGCUCAGCAAGCCAGCCUCUUCGGUGAUCUGUACGAAGUCAUCAUACCUGAGCUUGGUAUGGAGGAGGACUGCUGUCAGCGGGUGGUGUCUCAACUGUGUGGUGCUCUUUCCCACCUGCACUCUCUUGGUUUUGUCCACAGAGAUCUCAAACCAGAAAACGUCUUCCUUUGUGACUCUGCCUGCCGCUGGGUCAAACUGGGAGACUUUGGCAUGGUAAAGUCCAGGGGAACCAGGAUCCCAGAAGUCUGGUACAGUUCUCCUUACUGCACCCCCGAGGCUGAGAUUGCUCGAGGAAACAAUGACAGCAGCAAUAUAACUGAUGGAAAUGAUGGCAUCAAGGAUGGUGAAGAGAAGAAGAAAAGGAGAGUUUGGGUUUCCGUGGAGCCAAGUACAGACAGCUGGGCGCUGGGCAUCCUGACAUACGCCAUGCUUACCGGCAGCCACCCCUGGGCUGAAACAGCCAGCGACUGCCACUCAUACCUGAAAUAUCAAGAGUGGUUUGAAAGAAGUAAAAGCCCCAACGAUGAACUGGACGUGUGGGCUGAGCCACAAACAGAGAGCCCGCAGGAUCUGGAUGAGGCUGGACUGGAAAAGAAGAACCACAUUCCCAAAGCCCCCCAGUUUGCAUGUUUCACCCAUUUGGCCUGUUCCUUUUUCCAGUCACUCCUCAACCCACGGCCACAGCUUCGUGGGCAACCUGAUGAGGCUUUGAGUUACCUGGGAGGAGACUGGAUGAUGGAGAAAGAGAGGGUGAGGCUGGAGAAGGAGCGUAAGAAGAGUAGAGGGAAAGGAGGGAUCAGAAACAUGAAAGAGAUGGAGGGGAGAGGAGAGCGUUAA